AUGGUGGGAAGGAAGGAUGGUGGGAAGGAUGGUGGGGAUGGUGGGAAGAAAGGAUGGUGGGAAGGAUGGUGGGAAGGAUGGUGGGAAGGAAGGAUAAUGGGAAAGAUGGUGGGAAGGAAAGAUAGUAAGAAGGAAGAAUGGUGGAAAGGAAGGAUGGUGGGAAGGAAGGAUGGUUGGAAGGAUGGUGGGAAAGAUGGUGUGAAGGUAAGAUUGUGGGAUGGAAAGAUGGUAAAAGGAAAUAAUGGUGGGAAGGAUGGUGGGAAGGAAGGAUGGUGGGAAGGAAGGAUUGUAAGAAGGAAUGAUGAUGGGAAUGAAGGAUGGUGGGAAGGAAGGAUGAUGGGAAGGAUGGUGGGAAGGAAAGAUGGCAAGAAGGAAGGAUGGUGGGAAGGAUGGUGGGAAGGUAAAAUUGGGGGAAGGAAUGAUGGUAAAAAGGAAGGAUGGUGGGAAGGAUGGUUGGAUGGAAGGAUGUUGGGAAGGAAGGAUAGUGGGAAGGAAGAAUGGUAA